GGUUGUAAAAAAAAAGCAGCGUACAAGAAUGGUGGAAUUUUUCAUUGAUGUAGCAAGAGAAUGCUUCAAUAUUGGAAACUUCAACUCAAUGAUGGCUAUUAUCUCUGGCAUGAACUUGAGUCCUGUAGCACGGCUAAAGAAAACUUGGUCCAAGGUCAAAACAGCCAAAUUUGAUGUUCUAGAGCAUCACAUGGAUCCAUCCAGCAACUUUUGUAAUUACCGCACAGCCCUGCAAGGAGCAGCACAGAGAUCUCAGACUGCCAACAGCAAUCGAGAGAAAAUAGUCAUCCCAGUCUUCAACUUGUUUAUUAAAGACAUCUACUUUCUGCACAAAAUACACGCAAACCGCUUGCCCAAUGGGCAGAUAAACUUCAAGAAAUUCUGGGAAAUUUCAAGACAGAUUCAUGAUUUCCUGACAUGGAAGCAGGUCGAGUGCCCUUUUGAAAAAGACAAGAAGAUCCAGAGCUAUCUACUCACAGCACCCAUUUAUAGUGAAGAAGCUCUAUUCAUUGCAUCCUUUGAAAGUGAAGGUCCAGAGAACCACAUGGAAAAAGACAGCUGGAAAACACUCAGGACAACUCUGCUGAAUAGAGCCUGAGAUUUUUGAAUGUGAUCUGCAGAGUCUGAAGCACAGCAAAUGAACAUGUUUUUACAACCUGAAAGUCUUGGACUGAGUUAAGAAAGACCUCACUGGCUGAGGUCUGUUUUGUAUAUACAGCAACUUUUAUGAAAUAGAAUGUGGUAAAUAUUUCACAUGUCAACUUUAAGGCACUUAAGUGAAAGUUUUUGGUUU